CCGACGCAUCUAAAAUACGCGUAAUUAAGAACCAGCUAUUUCCCUUCUGUUUCUCUGUCUCGCCAUUCCUCCAAACCGCUGCCGCAUAAAGCCUAUCGGUAGUAUCAGCCAAUCCAGGCACUUACAAGGACCCUUUGGCCCUUCUUUGGUACUCUGCAGUUUGCUCCAGGAAUGCAACGCUGUAGGCAUAAAAAAUCAAGGAAAGGCUGCCUCGAGUGCAAGCGCCGGCAUAUCCGGUGUGACGAAGGCAAACCCAUUUGUAUAAACUGCAUUACUGCAGAGCGAAAUUGCGAGUAUCGCGAGCGCAAGUCUCCGGUAUGAACUAUGUCCCAUGACAUUUUAUACUCAUACCAUCAAGUUCAUUUACAACUCUUUUGGUCGCUUUCUCACAGUGUAUUCACAGGAUCUGAACGAUGUUACCUUCUCAUCCUCGGAGUCGAAUCCGACCUUGACGCAAGAUGCAGAGAACUCAUCAGCCACAAGCAGUUUAAGAAUGAAAAAGGCACAGACGACCGACAUCAACAUGACCCAUCUAGAGCUACUUGUUCAUUUUUCAUUCGCCAUAUAUGCCCCAGAGCUUGAAGAGGAUCAUUCAUCAACAAAGUUAGUACUAGAAGCUGCUCUGAGAGAGAAGUAUUUAAUGCUCGAGGUCCUGGCAAUCUCGGCUCGAUACUUAUCAACCGCCCAUACCGACGAGGCAGAUUGCUAUUCACGCCAGGCAGUGGAACUGCAGACCAAGGCUAUCGAACUAUUCAACAAUGCGGACACUGUUACUGCUGAUGAGAAUUCCAUAGCAAGGCUACUCUUCUCCUCCAUACUAGGCCGCCACAUGUUGGUCGAUGUGCUCGCCAGGCGAGAUCCUGAUCUCGGGUCAUUUGUCGACCGAUUUACGCAAGGUGCACGAGUUCACCGGGGCGUCAGAGCUGUCACGACAGCACAAGAAUGGGAGAUACUACUGACGUCAAAGGUCGGUCCUCUUAUUACGAAAGGCCUUGAUCCUCUGGGUUUUCAUGACCCACCUCCGCUUCGCCCGCAUUUUAUGUCACUGCUUUCGCGGACGGCACAGUUGGACGAUCAUGAUAAGGAGGCAUGCACCAAGGCUCUUUGCAUGAUAGAAGGGGCUCUGGAUGAUCUACAGUAUCCUGACAGGAGCUCAUUUGGCCUGCGCAUGAUAUUCGUUUGGCCGAUUCUAUUACCAGAACGCUUUAUCGUCUUGCUGGAACGGGGCAUUCCGGAAGCUAUUGCAAUCUUAGGCCGCUAUUCUAUUCUACUACACGCUGGGGAGUCACUAUGGCAGGUGAGGGAUGCAGGACCGUAUUUACUAAAGCUGAUCUCUUCGUUUCUUGGAUCCGAUUGGGACGAAUGGCUAUAAGACCAGGACCUAUCAUCAAUAGGCUAUUAACCCAUAUUCAGCGUACUCGCAUUUAAUGUUUUCCUCAAU